ACGAAAAGCGAGAAAUUACGUGGCGCCCCGGGGUGGUAAUGUGGAGAAAAAAAGAAAAUAAAUAAAAAAAGGUUUAAAAGGAAGGCUGAGACGCUGCGACCUAAGGCUCUCUCAAAGUCACGCACUCUCUCUCAUUACUCUCACUCUUCGUGGCAGAACAAAAAGCCCCUGGAGCACUUUCAAUUUACGAAAUUAGUAAUCACAGAAAUCAGUGGAGAGUGCGAAAAAUCCCUUGCCUUAACCCCUUCCUCUCAUCGAAUGAUCGAUCCCGCGGCGACUCGGGGAGAAACUAAGAAAUUAGAGCUAUAAGGCAGCUGAUUAGUUAACCGGAAAAUUAGACUCCAUGUCGCCGGGAGAAACGGUCUCCCAGUCACCUCUAGACAAGCCUCUCAACCAACUCACUGAGGAUGACAUUUCUCAGGUCACCCGCGAAGAUUGCCGCCGUUACCUCAAAGAAAAAGGGAUGCGGAGACCGUCGUGGAACAAAUCGCAGGCGAUUCAGCAGGUGAUCUUGCUGAAAAAUCUUCUCGAAACGACAACAGAUUCGGACGCCAUCGAAGCUCGCAAAAAACUUUGUAUUCCCUGCCCCGAAAAUCCGCCUCGUGUCGUUUUUUAUUCAACUGUUCUGCCGAACGAAACGACACAGCAUAACGGGAUCCUGGUACCAGCCAACAAAUCCAUUCCUUGUCCCUGUCCAGAUCCCUCCAAGUCCGAUUCUUCCGGCGAUAAUUCCUGUCGAACCGCCAUCUCUGGAAAUGACUCUGUUUCUCCAAGAACCGCAGGUGCAGCAAAAGAGCCAGCAGGACAGAUGACAAUUUUCUACUGUGGGAAAGUGAAUGUCUAUGAUGAUAUACCUGGUUGCAAGGCGGAAGCAAUCUUGCAGCUUGCUGCAAGCCCAGUCUCCUUUCGCAAAGAAGCUCUAGUUGAUCAAAGGACUGCACCAUGGACUAUACCAUGCCAUUUACAGGCUGCAGGUAUCAAAAUGAGCCCAUGUUCUCCAAUCGGUAUGUUGCCAUCGAUGCAAACAGUAAAGGUUGGAGAAAACUGUCACUUUCCUCGAGAAGAGAGCAAUAUAUCUCGUGAAAACAGCCUUGAAGGUCCCAAUAGCAGAAAAGCAUUGGUGCAAAGAUAUCUUGAGAAGAGGAAAGACAGGUUUAAGAACAAGAGAAAGUUGGCAACGUCUUCAUCUCCUACCUUAGACAUCUACUUAAAUCAAGUGGGAGAUCAGUUCUCAAAUGAGCAGCAGUUGAAGCAAAGUGAACCAUAUUAUUCUCCCCAAGCAUGGCCACCUCACACACCUCUUUGGUGCAGCUCCAUUGAAAAUGUUCCAAAGAUUGCCAGUCUCGCUACACUCCCUGAUGCGAAAGAUGUAUUUAAAAUAUGAGCUUGGAUCAGCCAUGACUUGGUGGCCAAGGCCUAAGUACGGAUGCAGGUAUGGAUGAAGCAUGCUCACAGUGUAUCUUUCCUUUUAAGAGUAUGUAGCAUAAUAUUUAACCUGUUGUAUUAAUUGAGGCCAUGGUUACGUAGCUAAAUGAGGAAUCUAGUUCAGUGCUGCUGAUCUAUAUUUUUCUUUGUACGAUUUCAUUUAGUGAAUUGCAGUAAGCUAAAUGAUGAUGUAGGCAACUGAAAGAGAAGAGUUACUUAUGUUGGACCAUGGUUAUUUUAUGCAACAAAGUUUUUCUAGCUAAUAUCAAUCUUUCAUAUGAAAUUGAAAACAAAUGAACCAUUUGAAAGUUUUAAAAAAACAUGGUAUAGCAAAGUUAAAUAUUAUAGGUCACAUCUCCAGACAAAUGAACCAUGAUCUAACAAGCUCAAGAGGGGAGCUAUGUUGGGUUUUGAACGUAAUUGAAACAUGCGUAUACACAACAUGCAUGCAUUUGAUCAUGUGCAAGAUUUAGCUUAUAAUUUAUAUUUUUAUUUUUGUGUCAAGCAUUAAUCCUUUAAGAUCACGAAGUUAGGCUGUAAAAUUUCAGAUUCAGUCAUCCAAAGGGUCU